AGUCGCGCGAAUCGCACUGACACACCGCCUGCUGCUGGCUGCUGACACACUCUCGGCCAGAGGAGGCAAAGACUCCGCUGCGACCCAACGCAGCGGUCAAACAAAGGCAGCGGCAGCAGCGGAGCAGCGGCGGCGCAACACCCAAUCCAUAGCCACCUCCGCUCCGCUCGGCCCCGCCCAGCUCCAAAAUUCCCCCACCCCACGCCACGCCCGAGGCGGCCAGCGGUGAUGUCGUCAGCGGCGCCCGCGCCCCCGCCGCCCCAGCCGGAGUCCCCCUCCGCCGGCGGCGGCGACAAGGUCCUGGCCGCGGCGCAGCACAUCGUCAAGUCCCUCGCGACCUCCAAGAACGCCGCCGACGACAUGAUCCGCAUCCUCUCCGGCUUCGACAACCGCCUCUCCUCCAUCACCAACGACCACCUCUUCCCCUCCCCGGACCCCUCCUCCGGCUCCGGCUCCGGCUCCGCCUCCGCCUCGGGCUCCUCCGCCUCCGAGAUCUCCGCCGCCGCCGCCUUCGACGCCGCGGACCAGCUCAUCCAGCUCUGGGACGCCACCCCGGAGGCGCUCGUCUUCGAGGCCCCCGAGGACGACGUCGCGCAGUACCUCGCCGCGGUCGACGUCGCCGUCGAGCACCUCGCGCGAGGGGGCCCCGGCGGCGCGCGUGCGGGCGUCGCCGUGCAGCUCGCCAUGGCGCGGCUCGAGGAGGAGCUCCGCCACCUCAUGGUCCGCCACGCCGUGCCGAUCGACCCCACGGGGCUCUUCUUCUCGCUGCGCCGCCUCUCGCUCGAGUCCAUGGACGACCUCGACGCCUCCUCCGAGUUCGACGCCGCCACGCCGCACAGCCUGGACGGCACCCCCGCGGGGUCGGAGACAGCGCGCGGCGCUGCGCUGGGAUCCAACCCCUUCGAGGACCAGGUGUUCGACCCCGUGCGCCCCGAGGCCGUCGACGAGCUGCGCGCCAUCGCCGACCGGAUGGCGCGCGCGGGCUACUCCCGCGAGCUCGCCGACGCCUACUGCGGCGUCCGGCGCGACCUGCUCGACGAGUACCUCUCCGUGCUCGGCGUCGAGCGCCUAAGCAUCGACGAGGUACAGCGCAUCGAGUGGAAGCUUCUCAACGACAAGAUGAAGAAGUGGGUGCAAGGCGUCAAGACGGUCGUGCGCGUGCUGCUUGCUGGUGAGCGCCGCCUCUGUGACCAGGUGCUUGCCGUCUCCGAUGACCUUAUGGAGGAGUGCUUCCUUGAGUCCACCAAAGGAUGCAUUAUGCAGAUUCUCAGCUUUGGGGAUGCUGUGACUGUGUGCCCCCGCUCGCCGGAGAAGGUGCCCCGGAUCCUUGACAUGUAUGAGGUGCUUGCAGAGGUGAUUCCUGAAAUGAGGGACUUGUGCAUAGGAAGUUCUGGGGAUGGUGUGAUCAGUGACGUGCAGGCCAUUCUUGAUAGGCUUGGUGAUGCCGUGAGGGGUAACCUGUUUGAGUUUGGGAAGAUGUUGCAGCAGGAGACAUCACGGAGGGCGAUGACGGCUGGUGAGAUCCACCCGAUGACACGCUAUGUCAUGAACUAUUUGAGGUUGCUGGUUGUUUACAGUGAGACACUUGAUGUCCUCUUGGCUGAUGACAAUAGUGAUCACGAUGCUUUAAGAAAUUCUGAUGAUCAGGAUCAGGAACACUUGGAGAGCAUGACCCCUCUUGGAAGGCGUCUCCUGAAGCUGAUAUCUUAUUUGGAGGCCAAUUUGGAGGAAAAAUCUAAGCUCUAUGAAGAUGCUGCCCUUGAGUGCAUAUUUGCCAUGAACAAUUUGCUCUAUAUUGUUCAGAAGGUAAAGGAUUCUGAGCUAGGGAAGAUUUUAGGUGAUCACUGGAUAAAAAGGCGGAGUGGUAAGAUUCGGCAGUAUUCAAAGAGCUAUCUAAGGAUUUCUUGGACCAAACCUUUGUCAUAUUUCAAGGAAGAUGGAUAUGGGAGUGGGAGCGGAAGCGGGAGUGGCAGUGGCAGUGGGCAUUCAAGUUCUAGGAUGUCCAUCAAGGAAAAGUUCAAGAACUUCAACAUGGCCUUUGAGGAAAUUUACAGGAACCAAACACUCUGGAAAGUUCCAGAUCCUCAACUCCGGGAAGAACUGAAAAUAUCAAUAUCUGAAAAUGUAAUUCCAGCAUAUCGUGCUUUUCUAGGCAGAUAUGGUAAUCAAGUAGAUGGGGGAAGAAAUCCAGGAAAAUAUAUAAAAUACACACCAGAUGAUUUGGAGAGCCAGUUAUCUGAUUUAUUUGAAGGGUCAUCAGUUUCUGUCAACAACUCUAGGAGAAGAGCAUAGUUCAUGGUUGACAGGAUAAUUUUUCAGUGUGCUGAAGUAUGUGUGCAUUUCUCACUUCCUUCAAUAUUAAGCUUUUAAGGAAAUUGGUUAUGCAUGGAACUCAACUUGGCAUAAAAAAAACAGAGGUCCUGUGUUUGAGACUGAUUGGCCCAAAUUCAUGGAAACCAUAAUUGGAAUGUUUUUGGUGGUCUCAACGGUUUAAAGUGAGACAAGUGGAACUCAUUGGUCGACAUGGUGAGACAAGUGGCCAUGGGUUGGCAUGGUCCCACCAUUGUCGAGUUCAGAAUACAGUUGUAGUUCGCUGCAUGCUUGAACGAGAGUGUUUUAAUUAUGAUCAGGUUUGCCUGUUUUUCACAGUGUUUAAAGUAUGAUUAGAUUGCCUGUUUUCCUCAGCAGCUGAACUUUGGACUGAAUUGGUUAAUGCUAUAAACUCAACUCUAAGCCAAUGUUUCAUUGCUUAGUACCUGAAUGACUGAAUCUACAUGUGAUUACCACCGGAGGCUAAACCCUAGGAUGAAAUUAUGGCUUUCCAUUCAAAAGUUCUUUUACUUGAUAGAACUCCCCAACUGUUGCUUGCUUCUGCCUAAACAUGGAUUUUCUGUAUAUGAAUUGGAAAUUCUGAUAUGGUAGUAUGGUAUCUGAAACUUAUCUUAUAUAGAAGUAGGAUUUUCUAAUACCUCUGAUUUGACCAAAAUUAUGUUCCCACCUCUGGUAAUUGGUAACUUUGACCAUGCUUUGAUUUGGAUGCAGGGGUAUCAAGCAUAGUUGUCAUUAGUGGAAAGAGUGUCCUACUAAUAUCUUGAUAGUAUAUAUGCACUGCAUCUCUUAGGAAGGUCGUUGAGGUUUAUUAUACAUUGUUGGACAGUAGACACUUACGCAUAGCAUAUUUGCUCAUCUCAGCACAUUCUCUACAUCUGUUCUACAAAAAUCUUUCUGCCUUUGCCAUCACUGUCCAAGUUUGAUAUUAAAACCAUGUGUAAAUACUUUCGACAUAAAAAUAUGGAGCAAACUCAUUAGAUGUUGCUACCUGAAGAAGGGAAAUCAUUUUGUUAAUUAGAGAGAUAGCCUGUAAAUUUCAAAUCCGAUACUUGACUUAAAUUGGAAAAGCACGGGUGUCCAGGAUCUUCUAUGGUUCCUAACUUUCUCAAAUCUGUAAAAUGGUUAGCCAAAGUAAUCCUGAACUGAAAAUUUUAGAUCAUAAAUAUGGAAAGAAAAAUAUAUAAAGAGGAAUUGGGAAGUUUUUUCUUUUCAUUUUGGAGUUUGGGAAUUGGGAGCAUUUGUAGGAUAAUAUAGAAGAAAAUAAAUAAUGAAGUUUGGACCUUUCUGUCCAAAGUAGCUUACUAGGACCUGGUACUGGCAACAGCAAAUACUGGAUGCGGUAGAUCACACAUUCACAUAACUUAUCUAAAACCCAAACUAUGUAAAGAUGAAAUUUAAAACUAGAGCAUAUUACUGUCAGUCUGCUAUACAAUCCGCAGAGCGCUAAUGGCUAUUCGGGUUCUAACGU